CGUUGAUCCACUGGUAGGUGUAGGCAUGGAUGUCGGCGCUGAAGUUAACCAGUUCCCCAAUGUACUGACUUCAUAUCACUUCUAAUCCACUGAAAUGCUCCCAUGAAUCAAGAGGAAGUUGAUUUGAAAGGCUGUGAGAAUGGCUGAGAGUUUUUUGAUGGAGGCGUGUGUGGACUCCGUGGAGUCUGCUAUCAAUGCCGAACGAGGAGGUGCAGGUCGACUUGAACUGUGUUCUAGUCUUCUUGAGGGAGGACUCACGCCCAGUCUAGGUCUGCUGCAGGUAGUGAAGCAGUAUGUAAAGAUCCCAGUCUACGUCAUGAUACGGCCCCGUGGGGGGGACUUCCUAUACUCAGACCAGGAAGUGGAGGUGAUGAGGAAGGACAUAGAGCUGAUGAAGAGCCACAGGGCUGACGGACUAGUGCUGGGAUCCCUGACAGAGGAUGGACGGGUGGAUGCAGAGCUCUGUAUGGAGUUUCUGGCUGCUGCCCGACCUUUACCAGUCACCUUCCACCGAGCGUUUGACAUGGUUCACGACCCAGUGGUUGCUCUGGAGACUCUGAUAUCAUUGGGGUUCGAGCGUCUAUUGACAAGUGGUUGUGAGAACUCUGCUUUGGAGGGACUCCCUCUCAUCAAACGGCUCGUUGAUCAGGCUAAAGGGAGAAUUGCCAUCAUGCCAGGAGGAGGUAUCACUGAAAGGAACCUUCAGAGAAUUUUAGAGGGCUCGGGUGCUCAAGAGUUUCACGGCUCUGCCCGCUCCAGUAAGGAUUCUGCCAUGAAAUUCAGGAACACCUGUGUGACGAUGGGAGCCGCUUUUUCAGCACCUGAGUACGGCCUGAAGGUGACAGAUGCGAACAAGAGACACAUCACACACAUAUGCGAUGGCGAGAGCCCUAAAAUCCUAACUUGUAAUUCUGGCAGUUAUCACUGCUUUUUCUGCAUAUACAAGGGUGAGAAGUAUCAGGUCGAAAACCACAUCAAAGGCCAUUCUACUGUGAAGCACGGAGAGUUCACAAUUGUUAAGUGUGGCUUAAGCUGCAGAAAAGCAACUCACUAUCAUUGUUUUCACUGCUCGGUCACAAUAAUUAACAGAGCCCAGUUUCUACUGCAUCUCAAUUCACAUGAGCAAAAAGCUGUUACUAAAGGGCACCCUCCUCCACCUGCCCUGCUCCUUCCAACCUCUCGCCUGCUCGCUCCUCCACCUGCCCAGCUCCCCCCAACAUUUGGCCUGCUCGCUCCUCCACCUGCCCAGCUCCCUCCAACAUCUGGCCUGCUCGCUCUUCCACCUGCCCAGCUCCCUCCAACAUCUGGCCUGCUCGCUCCUCCACCUGCCCAGCUCCCCCCAAUAUCUCGCCUGCACCCUCCUCCACCUGCCCAGCUCCUUCCAACAUCUUAUCUGCUCAUUCCUGCAUCGGCCCAGCUCCUUUCAACAUCUCAGCUGCUCCUCGCUCCCUGUCACCCUGCUCCGGAAAAGCAACCUCAGGAGAAACAUGAGGCCAAUCAAGACCUCAAAGAACAAAGCAAGCCUAAAAAGAAACUUGUAACUUGUCCACACUGCUCACUGAAGUUAAAUAAGAACAAUUAUAAAACACAUGUACGUCGAAAGCACAAAACAGUCUCCAAGGAAAAUAUAAGAAGGAAAAGAGCAAAUAAAAACAUUGUUGACGAUUUGACGGUGGGACAUUUAUGAGGGGCAGUAAUGGGUUUUGCUGAAUUAAAGUCGACUGCACAAAAAUACCACCACCUGUUCAUUUGUAGGAUCUGACUUGUUUUUGUUAUUAUAAUUAUUAUUAUGUUGUUCAUUUCAUUUGCAAUAAACAUUUUUUAUGUAAAAAACAAA